AUGUCCUUCGCCGGUGUAUCUGUCAGCGCCAAUGGCAAACUCAUGGGCUCUGCCACCUCUCCUACCACCGCCAGCGACAGCACUAUAGGAUACCACUUGCUCGUCGUGGAAGGCUACUCCCGCAUCAACAGAUCCAUCGCCAUCAAUUCUCGCUAUUUCACAGUGGCGGGCCGCCACUGGAGUAUCUUGUACUACCCCAAUGGCCGCAAAAACCAUGACAUGGAUGGCCCGGGAUCACUUCGUCUUUACCUCGCCGAGGAAGGUGGAAAGCCUGUGAAGGCGCAGUUCGAGUUCAGUUUCAUUGAUGGGACUGACCAGCCGGCGACGGCAUGCAACCAUGCGCAUGCUCAGGAAAUAUUUGAGUUCCAAGACUGGAACCACAUCCCGCACGAAAAGCUCAUCAAAAGAGAGGCCUUGGAGAAACACCUCAAGGGCGAUAGUUUCACAAUUCGGUGUGAUGUCAUUGUUGUGGCGGGGGAUGUGAUCCCCACCACCACUUCUCCCUUCAUCACGGUGCCGCCCUCCGACAUGCAACAGAAUUUCACCGACCUUCUCGUGGCUGGAGAGGGUACAGAUUUGGUCUUCCAGGUCGGUAACGAGGCUUUGGCCGCCCACCGGUGCAUCCUUGCGGCCCGCUCUACCGUCUUCAGGGCGGCCCUCUUCGGCCCCAUGAAGAAAGGCACAUCUCCGACGGUGGUUCAGGUGGAUGACAUGAAUGGGACGGUGUUUAAGGCGAUGCUAGGUUUCAUCUAUGGUGACACGCUACCUUUCCCUGCGGCAGACGAAAACGAAGGCGUCCUGCUGCAGCACCUACUCGUGGCGGCGGACAGGUACGACCUCCGGAGGCUGAGAUUGAUGUGCGAGAAGAAGCUGUGCGAGCACAUCCGUGUGGGCACAGCGACGACCAUUCUGGCCCUUGCGGACCUGCACCACUGUGACGGGCUGAAGAAGGCGUGCUAUGAGUUUCUCCGAUAUCCGGCGAACCUGAGGGCGGUUGUGGAGACGGAAGGUUUUGAACAUCUCUGCAGCAGUUACCCCACUCUUAUGAAGGACAUGCUCCUCCGCGUGCUGCCUUCUAAGUAG